CGGGCUGGGUCACUCGAUUUUUAAGCAGAGGAAUUUAAAUCUGUGGGACUCCUGCGGACAGAAAAUUUUUCCGGGAAUCGGGCUGCCGGGAUCGCCGCUUCCCAUUUUUCUCGUCCUACGCUCCUCUCCUACCUGAAACCAAUUGAGGAAGGCUAAGAAGAGAGGAGGGAGACCUGAGACCGAGUAAUCCUCGUCGUCUUCUUCGCCGGAGUGAUGUCUUACUUGCUGCCACAUCUCCACUCAGGUUGGGCAGUCGACCAGGCAAUCCUCGCUGAGGAGGAACGCCUCGUCGUCAUCCGAUUUGGCCAUGAUUGGGAUGAAACUUGCAUGCAGAUGGAUGAAGUGCUGGCCUCAGUUGCCGAAACUAUAAAAAACUUUGCAGUGCUAUACCUCGUAGAUAUUACAGAGGUUCCGGAUUUCAAUACAAUGUAUGAAUUGUAUGAUCCAUCCACCGUCAUGUUUUUUUUCCGCAACAAACACAUUAUGAUCGAUCUCGGCACCGGUAACAACAACAAGAUCAACUGGGCGAUGAAGGACAAGCAAGAGUUUAUAGAUAUCGUUGAAACUGUUUUUCGAGGUGCGCGAAAAGGGCGCGGUCUCGUCAUUGCUCCCAAAGAUUACUCCACAAAGUAUCGCUAUUGAGUUCGCCAGUUCUACUGUCUCGUAACUGGCAUGUAGUUACCUAUUAAGCUAUCUUGACAUAUGUGAUAGUAUUUUUCUUUGUCAACUGCUAUUCAAACUCUUCGGCGAUGCCGCCUUGAAUCAGCAUUUCUAUGCUUUUAUUUUUAUUCAUGAACGUUGUGGUUUUAGUGGUCUUGUUAUCCUCUCCAUAUUUGAUAUUUGAUGAGGAAAAA